AAUCGUUUACGAAUCAGACGUCGUCUGUAUGCGUUAGCACGCUGUUUCUUGGAAUACUUUACGCGCGAGAAACACUAACUUAUAAAGCAUUACUGAUUACAUAUUUACUCGAAUAUGCUUUGCAAAUACAUCGGCAUUUAUUGUAUCUCGCUCUGCGAAUAAUAACUCUCUUUACUUACGUUAGCAUAUUAGCCGUCCCGUUCUAUAGCUUUUGUGUCUAAAUUGUUAUGUGCUAUUUGCGUCUAUCGACUGUUAGCCUAUGCUUUGAAGCAUGAGUUAUGAUAGAUAAUGUAUUUGUAUCAAUCACAUGGAGGUGAACAGGAACAACUUAUGCAUUGAGAAGUGCUAGUUAGCCAGCUAGCUGAGUAGACUGGAGUGCUAUGCAUCAACUUGCUCCUCCUGGUCCUCCUCUCAGCUUUUGGAUCGCUGACAUUAACAGAGACAUUUAGAUAAUAAAUGAGCCCAAAGCACUGGCACUUGCGUUACAUGGGAAAUCUACAAUGUCGAGGAUUCUUCUGGGCCUGGUAAUGCUUGGAUGCACUGUUGCUGUUGAAGAUGUUCAAGCCUUUGACGACCCGAUCACCAGACUUGUGAAUGAAAAAGCAGGUGAGCGGUGCUCGGGUAGAGUGGAGGUGCGUCACGGGCAUCAGUGGGGCACCGUGUGCCAGCAUGGUUGGGAUCUGGAGGAUGCCGCAGUGGUUUGUAGAGAGCUCGACUGUGGCGCCGUGUUGGACAUUCCAGGUGGCGCUCGUUUCGGACGGGCCGGUGGAGAAGUGCUGUGGAGGAAUGUGAAAUGCUCGGGUGACGAGUUUGCCCUGGAUCUGUGUGAACGCACCCUCAAUUAUGAUGUGUGUACGCACAGUGAGGAUGCUGGAGUGGAGUGCACGGGAAAACUUCUAGCACCCACCUUGUUAAUUCAGUCUCGCUUCUACACCUAUUCGGCCGGAGAGGCUGUUCACUUUAAAUGCACUGCCCCUUACUGGCAGUCCGUCAUUGACUUCCAUCUGUACAAAAGAGGUGUGGACACUCCUCUAGUGACCCAGAGAGCCGAUCCCAGACAAAUGACGGUGGAUCUGACUCUGUCAGACUUAGAAAUCUCCCAUCAGGGCAGCUACAGCUGUCUCUACAGGAUACACACCAAACUGGGAAACUCUCCCUCGGGAUUCUCUCCACACAGCAACUUCAUUAACAUCACAGUCUUGGAGAUUCACACUCCUCAAAUCUGGUACAACACGUCUCCUGAGGCCCGGCCGGGUUGGGUCACCCGGGGCCACAGUUUUAACGUCACUUGCUCCACACAGCCUCAGUAUCCAGGAGGAUCCUUUCAGCUGCGGCUCAUCAGGCCCAACGGGACCGUCCGGCACUCUCUGCCAGCCCUCGCUCCCUCCGUCACCUUUACCUUCUCCAGUGCCCAGUCUAAUAAUGAGGGCUACUACUGCUGUCUCUACAAGGUCCAGACUGGAGAGCGCACAUUUAUCUCGAGGGAGAGUCAGCCUUUACCCAUCUCUAUUCGAGAAGUAGAUCCGGUGAUGAGCCCGGUGUUCAUCAGUUUGCUGGUGUCCAGUUUGACGUUUGUGGUGGCCACAUGUGCCAUUCUGAUUGUUGCCAAAGUGUACUGCAAGAGAGCGAGCAAACCCACUGAACUGGAGCGAGAGAGCAGGACCUGUGUUGACAACACAUACAUUGCCUUGACAAUCAAGUAAUGGAAGUUCUAAAAGAAGCUUUUAGAAACUGGUCACAUGUUGGUGUUUCAGAGGCCUGGCCAAACCAAAGAGAAGAUUGAAGUUUGAGAUCCACAGAAUCCACCAUUUCUAUCUAUACUAUCUGCCAUUCUUUGUCAGUAACAGAGAAACAUUUCGAUUGUCAUUGGUAGGAGGUUUUUCUUUCAGUGUUACUGGAGAUGGGAGAUUUUUUUUUCUUUGAAAGUAAAUGCUGACAUCACUAGACUUGAAAAUGGGUGACAAUACAACACAAGCUGCUGCACUAACCAGGUUAAAAAAGGGCUUUUUAGUUUUUGGAGGUACCAUGUGUGACCCAUCCUGAGGUCUUCCCAUUAUCGUUGCAGGUAAAGACUGUAAAACUGUGAAAUGUGUUUUUUUUUGUGUGUUUUCAAGGGGCUUUAUAAUUUAAACAUGAUAUAUUUAUUGUUUUCUCUACUACAGUUCUUAUGUUUGGUUAAUCACAAGAGGAACAGAGAGCCUAAGAACAAGCUCUAUCGCAUUAGGUCACUACAGGGCUAUGAAAGUAUAAUAAUUGUGCUUUUACCUGGAUUGUUUAUUUGUUCUUUUUGAAGUGAAAGUGGGCUCUCUGAAUGCAUUAUACAGUACCUUAGAUCAGAUGUGAUGCUUACACAGACAAAAGAACAAAUCCUCUGACACAUUUCUAAAACAGAACAGGAAAUCCUCCUUGUAUUUACAAAUAUAAAUAAUUCAUAACAGUAAUAAAGGUUGUAGUGUGAAUUAUAGGCAUACACUAAAAUUUGCAGCACUACUAUUGUCUAGUGAAGCCAAGAAACCAGUUGCGAACACUACAGUAUAGACACUCCAUAUUUAAAAGGAAAAUCAAAACGUUUCUAAAUGUAACCCAUAAAAACAAUAGUGAAUGAGCAAAAUGCUCAAAUAAUAUUAAAAAGUUGUGUGGAAACACAGCUGUCACUUCCUGGUACAUCCAUGUCUUGUAAUGUGGAGAGUUAAUGGUUGUUGUUUUGUUGCAGUUUUUAGUACAUGUAAUGAAAUUUGUAGACUUUUAUUUUGCCAUUAAAAACAAAAAUCACAAUUUU